AAUACAUUUAUACAUAAAUUAACAGAAUUACAUUGAAGAUAGAAUUUGGGAAACAAAUUUUGCAUUUUGAUUUUGCAGGGAAAAAAAAGAAAUUAAAAGAAAAAUUGUCAUUGAUAUUGAUUUAAAAUGAAUAGAAUUACUGAUAGGGACUACGACUACUAUGACUUUGAAGAUGACAGUGAUCACGAGCCUUGCGAUAGUUCUGAUGAUGAUAUAGAGGUUAUUUUACAUGGAACACCUGAACAGAAGCGUAAAUUACAGACCAAAGUCCAACAAAGACAUGACUCUUCAAGUGAAGAUGACUUUGAAAAGGAAAUGAAUAAUGAACUUAACAAACAUAUUAAAGGACUAGAACAUGAAAGAUCAAAAAGUAAUGUUGCAGAAACUAUUAAAGAAAGUAGCGAAGCACAAGACCAAGAGAAACCUACAGAACAACAACAAUUUUAUGAUGAUAUUUAUUAUGAUUCAGAAGAAGAAGAAAUGGUUUUACAAGGUGAUGAACGUGUGAAAAGAAGACAACCAGUUCAAAGUAAUGAUGACUUAUUGUACGAUCCUGACCUUGAUGAUGAAGACCAGCAAUGGGUGGAUGCUGAAAGACAAGCUUAUCAGCUGCCUGUACCCUCAGGAUCUAAAUCAAAACGUUUAAACAGUGAUGCAGUUUUAAAUUGUCCAGCCUGUAUGACAUUACUAUGUCUUGAUUGUCAGGGGCAUGAUGUUUAUGAAAACCAAUACAGAGCUAUGUUUGUUAAAAACUGUCGUGUCGAUACAACAGAGGUAUUAAAACAGCCAUUACAGAAGAAGAAGAAAAAACUUACCAAAAAACAAAAGACAUUGGACACUGCAAAUAAUGAAUCAGAGGACAAUUUUCAUCCUGUUAAAUGUACAGAAUGCUCCACAGUUGUUGGAGUAUUUGACAAUGAUGAAGUCUAUCAUUUCUUUAAUGUACUGGCUAGUCAUACAUGAAAUUCUAUAUUUUUCAGAAUUUUAGUGCAUUCUAUACAAUGUAUAAUUAUUUUCAUGAGUCUCCAUCAGAACUUUGUACAUUGGUGAAUGAGCCGAGGUCCUUAUCAAUGGAUAUCACUGUAAAAUCAUUUUGUUGUUUUGUGUAACAGUGUAUAUAAAACCAUAAUUCUUAGAAACUUUCAUUGACAUAAAAAAUGAAAUAUACAUGUAAGGCCAGGAUUUUUUAAUUUGUUGGUUUACGGAUCCGCCGACCCAAUUUUGCCGAUUUCCACAAUAAAAAUAAAAUUGACUUUUUAGGCUUUUUUAUUCUCGCCGACCCUAACAAAUGAAUUAUCCCUAAAAAAUAAUUAAAAUAUCCUUUUUUUAUGAAAUGAAAUACAUUAAUCACUAACAGAAGUGAUGACACUUUCGGUUGUAAAAAAAUGAAACUUCCUGUUUACGUUUCUAAAAAUAGACAAAUCAAUUAUUAAUGACCUUGAACUGUUGUUUGCGCAAAUAAUUUUGCGGAACGAAACCUGUGUUUAAAACCAACAACACGAUAAGUUUGUUUCCCUUAUUUGUGACCAGUCCGUAAGAUGCAUGUUCUCAUAGAAAUAGACUUGUCCAAAUGUGGACAGGUGGAAUUUUCAAGACAUCAAGUUAAAGUACUGAAUUUUAACAAAUCAUUUGAUAUUUACUUGUUUCAUAGAUAAUAAAAAAAUAUCGUCCAUUUGGAUAAAAAACGGGAAUUCAUGACAACAGAUUAUUUAAUCUUACAUUCUCGUUUUUCCAGUGGACGAGUCUAUUACGUUUUUGACACGUGUGUUGAAACUAAUUUCGUACGACGUUUUUACAUUUUUUUUCUUUAUCAGUUUUCAAGCUUAUUAUUAUUCACCAAGUUUUGAUUAAGAGCUACUGACAGUAAUCUGUUUUUCUUGUUUGUGAAAAGACAAUUUAAUUUCAUCUUUGUCUGUCUACCCCCCUUUUUUAACAGGAAAUUUUUAGACAAUGUCAUGCGAUGUUUACAGCUGAGCAAUAAUAUUUCAUCAAACUAAAAUUCAAGAAUGAUGACAAAAUAGUAUGACAAACAUAUUAUUAAAAAGGUGAAAUAUUUUGCAUGUCUUGAAGGAUAUUUUUUUCUUUUUUUUCCCGACCGGCCGACCCGACGUUUUCAUGGAGAAAAUCCGUAAACCAACAAAUUAAAAAAACGUGGCCUAAACAAACAAAAAUAUUUAAGGCAUUUAAGAUCUGGUUAAAAUAUUAUCAACAUCAAUGUAUUCCAUCCUGUUAAGAAUAAUAAACUGUGUUUAUUAAGAAGUGAUUGCCUGUCUAUGUUGAUUUUUGUGCUGUUAAAAUUUCAUUCAGACUGUUAUAAAAGAUGUAAAGUCUUAUGAUCCUUCAAUUUAUUUGAAAAUAAAUUGAAUAUGUUUUUUAUACUUGAAUGGCUAAGAUUUUCAAUAAAACACAUGUACAAAAUAUUUCAAAUAUUUAAAAUUUGACCAACAAAAUUUCAUCAUGCAGUGACCUCAAUUCAGACACCUCUAGCUAAAAAAAUUGGCAAUUGCACAGAACAAUUGUGAAUGGAAGAAAUGUAGAAGAAAAAUAAAUUAAAACAAAUUUGGAAAAAAGAAGAUAGUAUUAAUUGAUUCUUUAAGAAACAAUAAACUCACCAAAUUCUUUACAACUGGUAAAGCAAAGUUUUAUUUAUUAUGAAUGGGAAAAUGGAAAAUACAAAUACAAAUAAGCCCUGCUCUAUUAUCUCACUUAUGAUACAUAUACUUCAUGAUUCUGUGUUGAUUGUUAGUCAUUAAAAUUGGCAAAAAACCCUGAAGGUUAAUUAGCAGCCUUAAAUUUCAAUCAUUCAUCACAUUGUCAAUAAUAUGUUAUGGUUUUGUAUAGUAUACCUGCAUGCAUUGGAUCAUUAGUCUCCUUAACAUUAGUCUCACCAAAAACUUGUUUCAUAUGACUUUAAUGGUAUAGUAAGUACUUAUGGACAAUUACUUACUCCUAAUUGCCACUUUACACAUUAUUAAUUGGAUUGGUUAAGAUCCAUCAGCAAGCCUCUACUGUUAUUGUUAAUUUUGCAUGACUAUCAAAUGAUUGUCUAAAUAUUUUAACAUCGAUGGAAGAUUAUACAGAUUUCAUUCACUUGUGAUGUUAUUUUUAAUAAA